UAGCGCGCUCUCCUCCACCCUGCAUCCAGACACGGACAGAGCCAGACGGGAACCAUCUGUGUGCAGCCACACUGUAAACAGACGAGGAGCAGUUUUCAUGAAAGACAACAUCUCUGCUGCUGCUGCUCCUGCUGCUGCUGCUCGCUGGAGGAAGCCUUCACUCAGCGAUGCCUGGGAACCCACCAGCUGCUCCUCCAUGCUGUUUUCUGAGAAUGGAAUUAUAGUAGACCUCUCCAGGAUUUAGAUCAACUGCUAUCAUGUGGCAGCCUACCACCGGAGCAGGUGACAGCCUGUUGGAAACGUUACCUCACUGGAGUAAGCGAGCGAAAUGGGCCCCCUUCCUCACCCUCUGCGUGGCUCUUCUCUGGCCUCCAGGGGCAGAGGCGUCGACCCUCAACUGCCACAAGACGUGCAUCUGUGCCUCCAACAUAGUCAGCUGCUCCAAGAUGAAUUUGACCACUGUCCCCGUUGUCAUACCGCACUACACUGGCGUACUGGAUCUCAGCUACAAUGAGAUCGCACGGCUGCGAUCCGAGUGGACCCCAGUCAAGCUCCCAAAGCUCCACAACCUCCUCCUCAGCCACAACGGACUCCAGUUCCUGUCUUCAGAGGCGUUCGUGUAUGUGAAGAACCUGCGCUACUUGGACCUGUCCUCCAACAACUUGCGGCUGCUGGAGGAGUUCAUCUUUGAGCCCUUGGUCAACCUGGAUGUCCUGCUGCUGUAUAAUAACCACAUUUCCCAGAUUGACCGCGCAGCCUUUACUGGCAUGAUCAACCUUCAGAAGCUCUACCUUAGCCAGAACCAAAUCUCCCGCUUCCCCCUGGAGCUAGUGAAGGAGAAGUCCCGCCUGGAGAAGCUUAGCCUCCUGGACGUGUCCUCCAACAAGAUCAAGAUGUUUCCCAUUGAAGACCUCCAGGUGCUGCCUGCUUGGAUUAGAAAUGGCCUCUAUUUCCACAAUAACCCUCUGCUGUGUCACUGUGAUCUGUACACACUCCUAGCACAUUGGUACCUUCGAAAACUCAACUCCGCUGUGGACUUCAAAGAUGACUACACGUGUAUUCUGCCUGGCCUGCAAAAAACACAAGUAGGUGUUUUUGACCUCAGCGGCGACGUUAUGAACUGCAGCACAUUCAAGGAGGCGGAUGAAGAAGGUUUCCUUGAGCAAAAGCUCACCCUGGGAUGUGACACCAAACACAGGGACAUGAUAAAGACUUGGAAAAUGCCCGGCAAUGUGCCGGUGUCACCUGGAAGCAACCAGACGGCCAAAGUCUUGCAGGAUGGACGUCUACAGAUUAGUUCGGUGAGGUCUGAGGACUCUGGGACCUACACAUGCUUUGCGACGAGCGAGGCCUACAAUGAGACGAUCUACGUGGUGCUGAAGGUUCAUAACUUCACCAUGCAUGGGGGCGGGGAGUCCAUGAACACAGCAUAUACCACCUUGGUGGGCUGCCUGGCCAGCGUUGUGCUGGUGCUCAUGUACCUUUACCUGACGCCGUGUCGCUGCUUCUGCUGCCCCAACAAGGGCAAGGCUCGUGGUGAGGACAGCAUCCACUCCUCCAUGCUCAGUGUUUCACCGACCCACGAGGACCCGGAACUCAAAGCUGAGCUGAACAGGCACGUGGCGUUCAUAGACUCAAAGGACUUGCAGGGCCAGAACGGGAAGCUGAACCCAAACGGGAAGGAGGACGAUGAUGAUGUGGAUGCAGAGGCUGGCUCUCUAAUGAAGGGGAAGAGGAAGAAGUCGGUAGCAGAGUCCAUUAGCUCCGUCUUUUCAGACACUCCCAUGGUGGUCUGAGACGCAGUGGCGGAUUCCACAUGACUGGAUGUACAUGGUACAACAUGAGCCAUGUUUUAGCUAUUGUAAACUGUGACUUACCUUGUGGGAGAAAACAGACCAUGGGUGUUAUUCUGUGGAUGGUGACAAGUGGAAAUGAGGAUCUCAAAGGGAGUAAAAAAAAAACUUUUCCAGCAUUUCAAUCUGUAGCACUUACUAUUCAUAC